UGUACUGUCAAACAUGUGCGCGGUGUCGGUAUGGUGCUUCUAGUUUUUUAACAAAUUCCGAAAAGUAUUGUGCAAUCAUAAAUUAUGUUAAAUAAUUCAUUAUAAAUAUUUAAUUCAUAAUAACAUUUACAAAAUCCCCAACAAAAUGUUUUCAAUUCUAAUUCGUGACACUGCCAGAAAUCUGCGCAAUUCAAUAUUCAAAACUAACAACCUACCAAAUGCUCUAAUAGCUUUCGAUUACUCUAGUUUUACAACAAAAGAUUUUCUUUAUACAAACUAUGAUGAUACUGGCACCCUUUUGUUACGUUUCAUGAAAUAUCUAGCUAUGGAAAAAUCCCAAUUUGCUCCCCUCAUUCCUACAACCAUUCGAUAUCCUGAUUUCUUCCCUGUCACUGAUUCACGUAGUUUCCAAUCGGAAUUAAAGAAAACCGACAUAACACAAAUUCCAAAUUUGAUCAUUUUUGCAUUCACUUAUAAAUGCAAUGGUGAUCCACAAAAAUUUGUUGGUGUCAUCAACGAAAUCGAUUGGUAUUGCGAAAAUAAUUUACCAAAAAUGGAUCUCGAUACAAUUCUUCGAACUUUGUAUGCUUUUAUGUUUUUGUUGCCCGGGAAGGUCACUCAUACAAAUUUCUAUGGCAAAUGUCUAAAUGAAUUGGUUGGCAAAUUCGAUAAAGACUGUCCAGCUGAGAAAUUUGUUAAAGUCUGUUUCUAUCUGGGUUUGAAUAAGAAAAACCAAAAUGGAACUGUUUUGUUAAAAAAGUUCCUUCAUUCUUAUCUUAAUCAGUACCUGCCAGAAUUGACACCCUUGGAUCUAUCAAUUGUUGGCAAUGCAGCCUACAAAGCUAGCAUACCAAUAAACAGUUCAGAAUUUAUGGACAAAAUUACAACCGAAAUUCUGCAAUUGGAUCCAUCAGCAAUUGAUGAUUCACUCCUCGUGAAUCUGUUAAAGAUUCUCCGAUUUAAUAAAGUCAAGUCGAAGGGUGUCUGUGAAAAGUUGGACACUAUUUGUAGUCAAGAGCAAUUAAAAAAAUUUGAAUUUAUGGGAUUGACUCAUAUAUUUGCUUAUUUUACGGAAUUUCAAUGGAAUCAAAAGCAAACAUGCUCAAAAUUCAUCAAAGAGGCUUUGUCGAGAAUACAAUCGUCAAAAGCCUAUAAAAGACCGAAAGAUAUGUCGACAUUCCUUUGGUGUUGUGCACAACUUCAACAAGGUGAUCUUCUUUCAUCAAACGAUUUGAGGCAUAUUGAUUCAAUAAUUUUGCGAAUGAUUGAAAGGAAUGAGUUUAAAUACCAUCCCGAUCAACUGAUUAAUAGUGCUUUGUCACUUUGGAUGAUGGGUCAUAAGUCGAGAGGAUUGAUUGCUGAAGUUACUAGUUUGAGAAUGAAUCCAAAUGCAAAUAAUCCGGAUCGAGCGAAGCUUGACAGUCGUCACAAAGUUUUAUUAAGUUCGGUUUCGAUUGAAGAACCUGAGUGGCUAAUGAGAGGGAAGAAACAAUAUUUUGUCGAGUCAUUAGCAGCUCCAGAUUACUUGGUAAACAAUAGAGUUGGUUUGAAAAAAGCAUUCGAUAAAUUGAAAGAAGAAGGAGUUGAAGCAGAAUUGGUGUCACCAAUUGAUGGUAUUAAUGUAGCUGGAAUAUUGGUUAAAUUGGGAGAAGAUCAAAAAUGUUACUUGGAAGUUUUGGAAGAUGAACAUUAUCUUAAAUUCAAUGAAGUACCAGUUGCUAUUGUUCAGCUGAAAAUAAGGCUUCUUAAACAUAUGGGUUAUAAUGUUGUAACGGUUCGUGCUAAUGAUGUGGAUAAAUUGGAUAGUAUAAAAUCGUUAAUAACUGGUGCAGAAGAGUCGUCUGAAGUGAAGCAGAAUGCAGCGGUAUAAAAAACAUUGUUAAUUAUAGAGAGUAACAUGUAUAUUCUUAGAAUAUAUUUAAUAAAAUCUUUGUUUUUAUUACA